AUGGACAUACGCCCCCACGCCUCAAUUGAAUCGUCCAGCAAUCUUUGCGCUUCUGCUGCGAAUAAAACAGGUGUUACGGAUUUUGGCAAAGAAAUCGAAGCAUUUGUUCACCUAUCGGGUCAGAUAAGUGUUGAUGAGUUGCAGCGUGCUCUUUCCAAUGGCACCUGGAACCCGUUCAACCCAGAAACAUGUCGUUUAAUGAUAGGAAUGUUUGAUUCGAAUGGAGACGGAGCAAUAAAUUUCAACGAGUUCCAGGCUUUGUGGCAAUACAUAAAUGACUGGACGAACUGUUUUCGUGGUUUUGAUCUCGACAAUAGCGGUAAUAUUGACAAAUUAGAGCUUCAAAACGCCUUAUCUCGAUUUGGUUAUCGCCUUUCGGACCAAUUUUAUAAUAUAUUGAUGAUGAAAUUCGAUCGCACACACACUGGUCACGUCAAUUUUGAUGAUUUCAUCCAAUUACCCUCACUGCCGCCUUCAGGAAUGUUUGAUUCGAAUGGAGACGGAGCAAUAAAUUUCAACGAGUUCCAGGCUUUGUGGCAAUACAUAAAUGACUGGACGAACUGUUUUCGUGGUUUUGAUCUCGACAAUAGCGGUAAUAUUGACAAAUUAGAGCUUCAAAACGCCUUAUCUCGAUUUGGUUAUCGCCUUUCGGAUCAAUUUUAUAAUAUAUUGAUGAUGAAAUUCGAUCGCACACACACUGGUCACGUCAAUUUUGAUGAUUUCAUCCAAUUGUGCGUCGUAUUACAGACCCUCACUGCCGCCUUCAGGGACAAAGACACCGACCGCGACGGCGUCAUAACGAUACGAUACGAGGAAUUCCUUACAAUGACUACUGGUAUCAUAUUGAGAAUGGUUGGUUAG